CCGAGCGCGAAGCUAAAAAAAGAAGGAAGAGGAAGAAAAGGAGAAAGCAAGGUUAGGGAAAGAAGCGGAAGAAGAGAAGAAGAAAGAAGAGAAGAGGAUAUCAGCAGAAGAGGAGAGAGGCGAGGAAGGAAUCGGAGGGACCGAGGCCAUAAGAGGCAAGAGAGCGGAGGGAGAGGCGGAGGGAGAGGCGGAGGGAGAGGCAGAGGGGGGCGACGAGGCAAAGGAGAUAACUCGAGAAAGUUAUCAGAAGUUACUACGCGUGAAUGAGGCUGACGACGCCACGUCCGAAUCCCACGACGACACUCAGUGCGCAAGGAGAGCCGACGCCAGGGCCAAGCGAGGGCGUUCCCCGGCCAGGGAUUCCAGGCUGGACGAAAUCGGCGAGGACCUGGUGAGCGAAGUGAUCCAGGCAGCGACCAAAGCCGUGUGCGAAGCGGCCGAGAGCGUAGCCGAAGUCGCGUCCGAAAUCCGGCGCGAGGACGAGGCGUCCGAGCCGGGUCAGGCGCCGGAGGAGCGAGGGCCAGACGGCACAGGUGUCCCCGAGUCCGAAGCUGACGAGAGUGCCAUGUCCAGGCGCGUCUCCGAGGGCAGCGUGGAGGGCGAGCCGGUUCCCAAGAGACCCAGCCUGGGCGAGGGCGUGGCAGGGGGGCUGGCCAUCACGACGGGCGGGGUCGCCGCCUUCACCACCACCCCCGCCACCCCUUCCCCUACUCCCUCCCCGCCCCCUUCCCCCCUCCCGUCCCCCGCCCUCACGCCCUCGCCCUCGCCCUCGCAGAGCAUCAGCAUGACCAGAAAGAUGUUCUGCCAGGGCAUGAUAGGCAGCGGCGGACGCCCUCUGGGGUCAGACGAGGGCGAUGGCGAAGACGACGCCGUUGCUGCCGCUGCUGAGGGGGAAGUCAGUGAGGGUGAUGCCCAGAAGAUGGGCUUCGUAUUCCUAGCGGUGGCGCAGCAGCAACAGCAGCAGCCCUUCGAGAGGACGGAGAGCAUGAUCGCCAUGCGAGGCAGCAGGGACGAAGACGCCGAGGAGGAGGUGGAAGACCUUCCGAAGGACGAGGAGCUUGCGUCGGAGGGCGAGGGCGGAGACGCGGCAGGGGAUAGCGCAAAGGCCGGAGAUAGGUCUGGCGAUGGCGGAGUCACACGCGGAACCAGUGAAGCCAAAACGAUCAAAGAGAUUCCCAGUCAUGCCGAAGAGGCCACAGACGAUGGCAGGGAUGCCAGCGAGGGUCGAGAUGAGUUAGGAGGUGAUGCUGGAGUUAUCCGGAAGGCGAAAGAAGGCUUUCGCACGGUCCGUGAUGAAGCCAUUGAUGCUGAGGAGACCGGAGUCGAAGCGGAGGAAGGGGAAAUGGAAGGUGAAACACAGGAGAAGGAGGAGGAGGAAGAGGAGGACGAGGAGAGUGAUGAAUACAGCGACGCGUCGGGCUUCGUGGGACAGUACAACAUCCAGCAUGAAGGAGGGGACGAGGAGGAUGCUGGUGAUGGAAGAGGCGAAGGAGAAGGAAGAGGAGAGAGAGAAACAGAUGUAUAUGGAGACGGAGUAGCAGCAGGUUAUGGCGAAGAGGAAAAAAAACCGGGAGAUGAAGAGGAGGACGAGAAAAUGGAUCUGGAAAGUGACACCUCUUUCGAAGAAACGUACGAGGUUGCACUCAAACAGGAGCUGAAUAAAAGAGAAGGAGAAACGAGAAAGGGAAGUGGGAAGGGAAAGGAAGAUAUUGAAAUUACGAUGGAGGAGGAUCUCGUGAUUUGCACGCGAUUUGUAACGGAGGAAGAGAUAGAAGAUGAGAGAAAAGCUAUGAAAAUGGAAGAGACAGCGAAGGGAAAAGAGAAGAAAGACGCUGAAGGUGGGAGGCAGGAGAGAGAGCUAAAGAGAGUGGAAGAAACACCGAAAGAAAGCGAGGAACAGCGAAGCGGGCAAAGAGAAGGAAAGGCAAGAGAGGGCGCAGAGAGAGGAGAAUAUGAGAAAGAAGCGGCGAGGAAGGGAGAAGAGAAGAUCGAAAAGAAAAUGGACGCAGGAAGGGAGAAGAGAGAUCAGAGGGGAGAGAAAGGAGAUGACAGUCGGGGGUCCGAACAAGGCGCCGUGCAAGUGGGCGUGGAGACGAGUGUGGGCGGCCCGAGAAUCCUCAUCACGGCCGCCCACGGAGGAGUGGCAGGAGGAGGAGGCGGCGUGGAUAGCGAUGACAGGGCAGCGGAGAUGGGAGGCAGCGUGGGCUCCACGGUGUCCGCCCACCAUCACGCCCAUCACCAUCACCACGACACCUACGCCUCGGCCUCCACCCUCGCCGCCCACCUGGCUGCCCACCCGCGCCCACCCACCCCGAAGUCCCCCAUCACCGUGGACGAGUGGGUGGCCGCCCUGCCCCACCCGACAAGUGUCGAUGACGAGGGAGAUGCUUGGACCUGCUCAGAUCCUGGGGGGGAGGAGGUGGCCGAGGACCUCCUCAAUCUCGGUGCAGAAGCUGGCCUCCUGGGGGGUCCUGGAGUGCUGGUUACAACGGCAGGGGAAGAAGGGGAAGUGCCAAGGCGAGGUAAUGUGGUAUCCUCGGUUGCCCCCUCAUCGGUGACACAACCUGCCACAGUAAUGACAGGUGCUAAGGAUGUCCCCUCCAGCCCUCGCCUCCGUGGGCCUUCCUUGUCUCCGCUCCAGACAUCCAAACUCUCAGCAUCUCCCUCCUCCACAAGACCACUAACCCUCUCAGAUGUGGCUAGCACUAUGCAAAGACAGCAAGAGCAAGAGCAAGCAGAAGCCUUAGGGGUGGAGGGACGACGCUCACAGUUUGCAGGGCUGCGGGAGAAGCAAGCCUCUUUCCAGAGUGAGCUCUCAGGGUUAUCUCUACAGAGCAAGUCGAGCAUUGACUCACUUCUAGAGUCACGCGAGGCUGACCCUGUGGACGUAUUGCUCAGUCUGGGGUUUGGUGGCCAAGCGCAGGACACAGUUACACGCAUUCCAGAGAGAUUUCUUCGACCUUCACAGGUACCAGGCAAUAAUAUUGAGGAGUUCCUGAAAUCUGAAGAUGAGUUCUCAGACAUGAUGGAAUCAGCCGAGUGGAUGCCUGGCCUGGACCCCCAAGCUCUGCGGAGGUCAUCUGUAGCCACGGUUUCCCCUCUUAUGCUGCGGCUCUUGGACACCAUUCGAGAGUCCCGAUCACGUCACCACCAAAGCAGUGUGAGUGAGGAUACCUCAAGCGCUGGCCAUACCCCAGCUGCUGCAACCCCUCCUUCGGGUGUCAGUAAGUUUGCUGCUGUGGCCAAGUCUCUGGCCCUGAAAAACUCAGUGAUGCAGACUCUGUCCUCGAGCGCUGGCCGACCUAACAAGCUCUCAGUCCUGAAUGCAGAGAACAGGCGUUUGCUGGAUCUGCAAGGCCAGAAGUCCCCUGAAGUGCCCCGAAAGCGUCUCAUCAUCGGCCAGUCAUCUUUUGACCUUGGGCGGGAUGGCGAGCUCAUUGCCAAUGAGGAUGAGGGAAUGGGUAUCAGUGUAGAUCAAGAAGAAGAUGAUGAAGAUGAAGAUGAGGAUGAGAAGGAUGAAGGAGAUGGGAUUGGGGAUAAGGAAGAAGGGGAUGAUAAUAGUGAGGAUGGAAGAGAGAGGAUGACAGAAGGGGAUGAGCAGGAAGAGGGGUCCUGGCGGCGCCAUGGAUUGCUUCAACACAAGGAUUCGGUUUGGUCUAUGGCCAGCUCAGCCACCAGCAUUGACAGCAGUGAGGAGGAGAUUCGGGAGCAGCGUCACCGACUCCAGCUUAGUUUGAGCCGCCGGCCAUUGCAACCUGACCCAGCCACCUUGACACCUACCACUCCUGCCGAGUCCCUUGAUUCUCCACAACCGGUUUUCAGUACCAGUGGGGCCGAUUCCUCAGACCGGUACCGAAAGAUAAUGAGACGUCUAAGUGGCAACAAGCGUCACAGUACAGUCAGCAGUGGUGGAAGCUGGGAAAUGGAUGAACGGAUUCCUGAAGAGGACCUUGAGGAUGAUGUUAAUCAUGAACCUCUCCAUGACCAGGUCAUAUGUGAGGCAGAUGCAUCUGGGUCACUCAACAGUUGCAGUGACACUCGUGCCUCAGUCAUCUCUGGCUCUCCCCACCAGAGGCACUCUUCAUCAUUAUCUCCUGAGGGCCAGGGUAACUCCAGAGUGCAAGGGAGCAGCCCCAGUCCCCCAGUCUCAGUCAGCAACAAGAAGCGACAAGGGGAUUCUUCCUCCAGCCAAAAUGGGCCAGAUUCUUCUAUGCCUUUGCUGAGCUUCUCGCAGCAUUCACACAAUCCAGCCCUGAUCCAUCCUGUGCCCAUCCUGCUUCAGCAUAGCACUGGCCCAGCCCCUCUUCCCAGGACCAGCAGGAUAGGAGAGGAAUCUUCUCCCUGCUUGGCACAGCGGGGAAGUGGGGGUGUGCUGAGGAGGCAGCAGCGGGUGGAUGACGGCUAUGCGGACACGGGAGGAAGGCAGAUGCUCCAACCUCCCAACUUGCAUUCUCAACAUUGUCGCCAUCAGCAUUCAUCAGGGCACCAAGUACGAGGCUCAGGCAACGAUGAGGAUAGAUCAGGGCCAACUGGCUUGUUGUGUCGUUCAGGCAGUGCUCAGUCAGAUUCUUCUGGUUUCAUGGAUGGGGAUGUGGUAGAGACUGAGACACGCACACCAACGCAACAGAAUUUGUCCUCUGUUCAGCUCUCAACAAGUCCACAAGCCCACACGGGUCACAACUGGUGGUGGAGCCGUGAGAGUGGAGGCAGCUUGGAGACGGUCCGUCAUGCUCCCCUGAGUCGCACCAUGGCCCUCCGCCCUGGCCACAGUCACUCUCACUACCAACGUACCCCCCGCAGCCACCUACUCAACCAUCAGACGUCUCUGCCUUCGUGGCCGAGGGGGAUGCACGACCCCAGCCUCUCCCUAGGAGGGCAGCACCCAAGCCACCGCCCCGGAGGAAAGGCCCGGGUAGUCCGCCACCACCUCAGCCCCGACCCACUUCUCUUCCCCUGCAAAGGCUCCCUUGGCAGCAGCAGCAACCAUCCCUCCUGCAACCUUGCCCCAUGUGUGGAUACUUCAGUUCCUCAGCUCCUCCACCACUGUAGUCAUACUGUUGUUCAUCCCUAUGUUAGUCAAGAUAACACCAGCUCAGCUUUCCAGCCACCUGUUCUGGAUGGCACAAGUUACCCAGGCCAUCUACAGGAUUUGAAGUGCAGACUCUGCUAUCCUACUGUCAUAUCAACAGAUGCCUACACUCCAACUCUUGCAGCUGCUGGAUUUUCCUCUCGUAAUACUGCUAGUCUCAACCAGGGACACCAACCCAGUUCCAGUCUCAGAGGCAGGUGGCAGAAACGGCGCCACUCCCUCCCGGAACCCCUGCCUUCUGGUGUUCAUAACUCAGACAUGUCAUGCUCCCCACCACCUUCCUCACCCUUUACCUCCUCCAUGAGUCCAUUACCCAUUACCAGUGAGCUGCCCUUCUUACCACAGUCAAGCAGAGAAGUACAUCACACAGUUAAUGGAGGCUGUGCUCGUGGUGGGAAGACUGGUGAAAAUGACGCCGGCAGACAGUGUCAGGUCCAUUCAUUACCCUCAGACAUGCUGCUGGUUGCCCUGCACACUUACCGCCACCAGCUUGUGCACCAAGAGCACCUGUCACGCCAGCUGCAUGAUACAGCCAUGGACAUACCAAGCCCCUCAGUCAACACUCAGCACCUCUCCCAACAGCUGCGCAACAUCAGUGCCAUUAGGGCUGCCAUUCGAGCAGAGGUGACACACAUGGAGCAGUUGAUGGCCAGUACCCAGCACACAUCUCUCAGUCCUGCAUGUAUCAACAAUGUCAUCACACAGAUGGUCAUGCUUCUUCAGCAACAGUCAGAAUUGUGCCGAGACCUAGAGACACUCACUGUGGCAUCAUCUCACACCUCCUUGGGAGGUGCAUCUCACUCCACCCAGCAUCUCAGCCAAGAGUCCUCUUUUGAUAAUCUCCCAGAGAAGCCUAAUCCUCUGUGCCGGUCUCCCAAUCCCCCAGACCUCAUACAUCAUGAUACAGCCCCCAGCCCUAAACUUGGAAACUCUGUUCAUGAACCAUUUGGAAAUCACAUGGUGCAUGAUUCUGCUGCAUGGAAAAGCUCAGAACAGGAUCAGGGCUUUUUGAACUGUGACAGUAACCUAGGAACUGCAAACCACGUGAGAAAUGACUCAUCUUGUGCAAACCAUUCCAUAGAAAAGUUAGUCUUUUCAGACCAUUCCACAGUGAAAACAAUAAGCUCAAAGCAGUCACAAGAGAAGGCAAUCAUUUCAGGUUAUUCUGAACAGUGUACUAACAUUCCAGACCAAAAAAGUGACAGUGAGAGGAAAACAGAGUGGUUCCAGGAACCACAAGAGGUGAUACAUGGAAGUGUAGGCAAUGUUGAGUUGAACAAUAAUAGUAUAGACUCUUGCCUAAGAUUGGAAGAGCUGAACCCAGAUGGUUCUGCUGACCAUUCCCAGUUAGCAUCCUAUAAGAGCACAAGAUCUCCAUUUAACCCCUGGAAUUCAGCACAGGGAAAACCACAGAGCUUAGCCAAAACCUUUGAUAGACACCAGGAGGAAGCUUUGGAAGGUGGCACUGACAUGGCCACUUUCCUAGGCAGUGGUGACGUUUCUUCUGACACCUCUUCACUGGCUUCUCAGGUGGCUCAGCUGGUACAGCAGCAGGUGCAGAUACAGACACAGGUGCUGGAGGAGCAGCUUCACCAGCAGACAAAAGACAUGGCAGACAUCAAAAGUAUGAUGGAAAUUCUGAUCAACAAGAUGUCUUGAUAGACACAAAGGUGCAACAAUCAGGUGCAUUGUGGCAUAUGUGUGUCUUGAGCCACAUUAGCUACAGAUUCGCCACUGAAGAACUAUUUCAUUAGUGCGGAUAAUUGUUGUUCUCAGCUGGGGCUGCUGGAGUACAUGGAAAUGGAUGUGAUAUCUUUAAUCCAAGAA